UUUUUAAAUUUGGAUUUACAUUCGCUGAACUUGGAAAGACCUGGAUCCAAUACUGCAAAUUUAUAUUAAAAAACAUAGCAAACACCUUUAUCACUCUGAUGGCUUAUUGGCUCCAUGGGUAUGCUUUUGCAUUUGGAGAGGGCAGUGACUUCAUUGGCACCAAGUACUUCUUCACCUUGGGUAGCCCCAACCUCUGUCACUUUUUUUUUAAUUACGCCCAAUGUGCUGUGGCUACGACUGCUGCAUUGAGAGCUGUUAUUGAGAGGACAGAGCCCAUAGGCUACCUCAUAUCCAGCCAUGUAUUCCCAAACUGUGGUCCGCGGCCCAAAGAUCUGCCGAGACACAGCCCCGGCUUGACCACACUCUAUUCCCCUCCCCAGGAUUGUGGUGGCAGCAGGGUGGUGUUCUUAGUUGGUGGUACUGUGGCUUUGGUAGCCUGUUAUAUCAUAGGAAUAACUGCCCCAGGGGAGGGUCGGCUAGCAGCUCUCUGCGUCCUGAACAUUCUGUUGGCAGGAGCAUCCUCUGGACGAUAUGGGCUCAUCUUACAAUGUCUGCUAAAGAGCUACUACAACGUGGAUUGUUUCAUCAACACCACAAUCGCUGGCCUGGUGUGUAUGUGCACUUACUCCCUGGCCACCAGUGUGUCAGUAUCCGUGUGUGCAGAGGCCAAUAGCUACAUCCCUCGAAUUUCAGUAAUGUGUGGAGCCACCUCAUCAUUUUUCUAUUUCAUAAUGGACUGGUUAGUAUUGAGAAAUAAGAUUGAUGAUCCACUGCAUGUCAUUUCAAUUUACCUGGGGAGUGGAGUCUCGGGCUUGAUUUUCGCAGGUUUCUUUUCAGCACAGGGCACUUUAGGUGGCACAGACAAG